CCACAACAUAACCAGAGAUCCCAAGGUCUUAAUAGGUAUCUUGUUGAUGUUUGCACACUUGCCCACCCGCGCUAUCCACGGCAGCCAUGGCAGGCCUUCUAGUUCCGCCGUCCUCGGAUUCUGGCUCUAGCCACACAUCGGAGAAGAGUUGGCGGCAUGUCUGGAUCCUUCGCUUUUCCAAAACCCGGCUGGGUCCGAACCCAACCAACGACGAAGUGAGAGCCUGGGCCAUUGAGAGGCUUGGUGCCACUCCUCCCGCACGUAAUGAUAAAAUCGCAGGAGAACGACUCCAAGACGACAUCCAUCGCAUUCUCCCGCGCACUAGGCGACGCACGCAGGUGGUGCAAAACAACAUCGUACCGUUGAUCCUCAUGGUUGACCAACAAAGAAUGUACAUAAUCGUGUGCAACAACGAGGAAGCCAAGAAGAACCUCCGAAGAGCCCUGGCUGGCCCAGAUGCUCGCGCCAUCCUAAAAAGACACGGCUUCGAAGCUAAAGUUAUGAACCGCAACUCAUGGUUCAGAGGCGACUCCGGGGAGCAUGAGGCUUGGACCACCCCGACCCCGACGAUGGCCUCGCCCUCAACCGGUAUGGGAACGCGAAUUCUAGCUCGACAGGAAGCGAAGACCGUUUCGAACAAGAUGCCCGGGAGAAAGGGGGCGGUCAUGACGAUCGGCGGGUUGAUCCUGGUGGAUGGGCAAAUGUUUGGACUCACAACCGCGCAUGGCAUGGUGAUCGGAAGGAAAGGCGACAUGACGGAUUCGGAUUCGGACUCGAAAGGAAGAAUCUCUUCCGCUUCAGAGCAGAAGGUGUCGUCUAAGCCCGGAGUGGAUUAUGAGGAGGAGACGCUAGAGCCCGUGUCCGUUGCCCAGAUGGAGGCUUUCCGCUUCGCUAAUGUCACGAGCGACAGCUUGAGGCAUGUUGGAUCGCUGGCACAAGACAGCAACUGCUAUGGUAGCGACUGGGCGCUCAUCAGGUUAGAGGGGGGGGAUAUUGUCCCAAACAUACUGCAUGAUAAAGAACUUUCAUACACUGAUGGGACAGAGAUGGGGUGGGAAGAUGCCCUGUGGACAACCACCAGAUGGAAUGUGGAAGGGGACGAAGAGGCUGAUGCGCCACCGCGUCCCCUUUUCUCGAAUUUACUCGUCCAUUCGUCGCCGGCCGAUCUAGCAGAUCACCCCGACGAAGAGCCCUUGGUCUGUCACGUAGUGACUUCUAAGGAGGUUGUGCACGGAAUCAUCCUAGCUGAGCACACAACCCUGGAUUUCGAAGGGGAAACCUUCGGGGUUAUGGUGGCAUCUCUGCUUGAGCCACUGGUGGAUGGGGAUUCGGGGUCCUGGGUUGUCACAGCCGAGCGGCCACCGAAAGUGCUGGGGAUGGUGAUCGCCGCCGGUGACGGGGAUCCCGAUGAAGAGAUCCUUUCGGGCCCAAUCGCCUAUAUUUUGCCGAUUCAAGAUAUCCUCGACAGCAUAUCGCGGACCAUGUCGGUCCCUGUUUCACUCCCGACGGCUGACGACUGGCUCAUCCACUCCCUCCACCGCCAUAGGCAACGCUGGAGCGGCGGCUUCGCCAAACAUAUGCCCGCGGAAUGGGCAAGAAGGCAUCUCGAGAUGGAGUAUCUUCUGAUGCGGCAGAAAUGGUACUCUGAGGGCCUCAGCGGGCGGUCACAGGAGCGGUUUCGGCUACCCAGCGAAUACCUCUCCCAGGCGCAGAUGUCGCUUUCUUCGGGUCUCUCGCUCCACCUAUACUCCCGGCUGACCCUGGAGAAAGUCUUCGGCCUUCACGUUGCAACAACGGAAGCGAUUCUCAUUCUAGGAACCGUGUGUCCACUCUCGCCAGACUUUCGGGCAGCGCUGCAGGAUUGGUUGCCGGACCAUCGACGGGCCACCAGCGGCCUGCUCUUCCGCCAAUACACGGCUACCGAGGCAGGGGAGAAUGUGCUCGGCAUGAUCCUAGUUCUGUUGGCUACCCAAAGGCAGAAAGUCCGCCAAAGAAAGCCCCAAGGCUCCAUCAGCUGGCAGAUGACGGCCGAACCCCUCUGGCUCGCCCAGGUCCUGUCUUCUCUACUUAGGCUGACGGGUCUUGCGCCAACCUCGAUCCCCAGCAUCCCCCAACUCGAACUCUUUGUCAACUGCGUCAUUCACGGGUUCAAGGACAAGGACAUGGAGGAUCUCCGACUGCUCAACUCAGACUCCCUACUCAAUAUACCCGCCGCAUUAAAGUCCACCCGUGCUGAAGGCUCCAGCUUUAGUGUUGCCUUCGCAUCCCGCCUUUUGUUACAGAUGAGAGACGUCGCUAAGGGUGAUGGAACGCGUCUGCUGGUCUGCCAUGGAUCGGCCGCUAACUGGGCAGCGUUUUAUGCCGCAGUGGCCCUCGGCCUCCGGGUCGAGUUGCGGAUAAGGGGUAACUUUGGUGACGCCAAACGCCUAAGGGUGCCGCGUCUCCGAAUUGAUGGUUCCCACCUUGGGCCGUCUGCGGAAACCGAUGUGUUGGCAUAUCUAGCUCCUGACGUGGUUGAAAGCUCGCAGGACCGGGCAAACUUUGCCGAGCUCAUUGACCGGCCGAAACUGGGGACACUCCCGAUAACUGAUGAAGAAAAGCCGACGUUGCUUCUGCCCCUCCACCUUCAUACUCCCCCGACCAAGUCGUGGCUAGGGAAGUGGGCUAAGAAACGACGCAAGAGAAUUGUCAGGGCCCGGGGCAUACCUUUUGAAGAGGGGAAUGCUGAAGUGACAGAGAACAAGUAACGUAGGUAGGAUAACAAUUCAUUAAAUUUUAUGUUCCUCUAAACUAUUUGGACUUCCUUCUUUUCUAGUUACUAUUUUUACACAACCAAAUCCUCCCAAUCCCUAA